ACCACUGGUGGGGUGAAACAGUACAAGUGUCCGCAAUGUGAGAAGACCUUCCUGCGUAGCACACAGCUGAAAGAGCAUCUGCGCACUCAUUCCGGGGAACGCCCCUACCAGUGCCUAAAAUGCCCCAAGACUUUCAACAGAAGCACCCAGCUGAAGGAUCACCAGCGUACCCACACUGGUGAACGGCCCUUCCAGUGCACUGAGUGCGGCAAAAAACAUUCACACACAGCUCCAACCUCAUCCACCACCGGCGGACCCACAGCGGGGAAAAGCCUCACAAAUGUCACCUGUGUCCAAAGAGCUUUAGCCAAAACUCCGACCUCAACCGACACCAACGCACUCACAUGGCCGGAGACCGCCCUCACCAGUGCACGCGCUGCCACCGGACCUUCAUAUAUAAGUCUCAGCUGCGGAUGCACAGUCGGGUGCACGUGGUGGAGGAUAUCCUGCGGGGUGUGGAAAGAGGAGGUGGAGGAGAGGAUGUGA